AUGGCAGCGGCAGAGGAGGAUGCUGACUAUAUGUGUCUGGCGACGAAGCUGUAUGCCGACUCCAAGCACUUUCUGGCAAUUAAGGCCUAUGAGCGGGCUCUCGUGCAGGUGGAGGACGCUGCUGCCGCUGCUUUCGUUACAUCGGACUCGAUGACUUUGUCGGGGCACGACGCAGUAGCGGGAAGCGUGCUGUUCAAGGACUUUAUACUGCACUGCAACGCGUUUAGCGUUAAAAGCGUCGCAACCGACAUCAAGGUGGCGAAGGAUUUUAUGCGGUUAUGCCUCGAGGAGCUGCUGAGGCGAAAUUAUAUUCAAGGAAAUCUUGACACUGAUGACCCCAGCCAGCUGUUCGUACCUGCUCAGGAAGAUAGAGGUAUUGCGUUCCUUGUGUCACUGAGCUUGAACAAUUGGGCCUGCCUUUUACUGCGAUCAGGAAAUACGACAAGGGCCGCAGCGUUUUUUCAGAUGGCACUCGACAACGCUGUGUCAGAAGAGAUGACAUGUAUUAUUCUUAUUAACAUAUGUGCAUUAAGCGUACACAAUUGCUCAUUCUCAGAGGUGUGUGAGCGAGCACUGGAGGUGCUUCGCAGGACAGAAGACAACGACGAGGAGAAAAAGGAACGGGUGUGUGAAAGUACUACGACCCGUGAAGAUGUGGACGUACUUCUUUGCGCGUUCGCGUAUCAUUAUUUGGCCAUCGCUGAGGAAUACCUGCAGCCACACGAGGCGGAAGACCACUACAAUCAAGCGAAGAAAAUGCUAGUCUCAAGCCCCUACCAACAAUGGUCAAGCGUCAUUGAACGCGCCCGCAGACAAUUUAUUGAAAUUAUACAACGCCGCAGAGAAGAGGCGGUCCGACGACGCGAACUCGCUGAUGCAGAGUUGGAGGCUGCCAGACAGGUGGAAGCAACUGUUCGACGAAAAGGUGGCCGACCUAAGUCUGCAUUAUCGGUGCCCUCUUCUUCGAAGCGUUUGAGUCGUGGCAAAAAACACAGGUGGCGGAAUUCAAGUGCGACGAAUGAUACAAAAGAUGACUCUGUGGAACUUCCCCCUAUAAGUGAAUAUCUGAAGCAGAAAAUGCGGAUAGAGGGUCUAACCAACUUCGCGGUUCCACUGCUUCGGGUGGUGGAUGUGGGAGACAUGGUCUUGACGGGAAACCACACUAUUGACGAGAUCGUCUUUCCCUUCACGGAGGGUGCAGGCUCAAACAGUGUUGCUAUGGUCGUGCUAUGCGAGGAAACACCUCUGCAGAUUGUAGAUGAGGCGGAGAUAAAAAAUAUCCAGUCCCCACGGAGGACAAUUUGGUCCCCGAUUGCCAAGAAGAAUGACGACAUCGUCAUUGCACCAUCACCGAAGGCAAAACAAGCUUUUCUACCCUCUACGGAGGUGGUGAAUAUUAUGAAGACGUUUAUGCCACCCCCACUCUCGGAGAAGUCUAUUGAAAAUGCUCAGCGCAGCGUUGCCGCAUUUAGAAAGAUUUUGAAUCAUCGUUUGCAGACGUUGUUGCGGGCCGAAAAGGCGUAUAAGGAAAGGUGGGAAGCCACAAAUAUCGUGGGGCGUGCUCUUCUUAUCUUCAACCUUGCGCAGGACAUCGUGAAGUUGAAAGCGAGUAUGAAGACGAAGCAGGAGGCAAGGAGGAUUUUGGUGAAUGCGAGUGCGAGGCGAAUAGUGAGAUUCUUUCGUUUUGUUCUCAAACAAAAAUAUUUUGAUGUUAUUCCAAUACGGGGGAAAGCUCGCGUGAAAUACGUUGAGGAAAAGGCUGCAAUUACUCUGCAGAAGUACGCAAGGCGCUGGCUGGCGACUAAAGAGUUGCGAAGACUGCAGGAGCAACACCAGACCAAAGUACGCCGAGUCACGAAGAUCCAAAGCAUGUUUCACAUGCAGGUCACACGACGUUUCUACCUUGCUCAGCAGGAAGAAAGAGAUAAGGUGUUGAAACGUCAGAAGGAGACGGUGGCACGCGAAUUCGCGGUGACACAGAUUCAACGCGCGUAUCGGCGUCAUGCAUACAGGCUCCAUAAGUGGCAUGAGGAGGGAGAUCUAGCGCAAUUUACACUUCAUCACUUCAAGUUCUCGCGGGAGUACUACGCGACACUUAUACAAAAAACAUUUCGUGGGUUUUUGGUGCGGCGCGUUUAUGGUCCUGUCGUUCACGCAAAACGUUGUUACGGGCGAAACUGUUAUCGUGCUUCGUUGCUAAACAAGUGUGCCACAAUUAUUCAGAGCGCAUUUCGGGGAUAUCGCAUACGACGCGCCACCAGGAUCCCUAUACAGAGGCGACUGCAGCAGCGCCUACUGCGACGGGCGAGGGAAAAGGUGGAGUUGCAGCGGCGCUUUCAAAAUAAAGCGGCAAUAGUAAUUCAAUGUGCCUACCGAUGUUAUGUGGCUAGGAGGACUGCAGCUAGACUGUGCAAGGUGCGGGAAAGGGAGCGUUUGCUGCGGCGGAAUCGCGUGCAUGUGCCGUUUCGGUUGGAGGAACAGGUGUACUGA